UCUCAGAAUACCGAGGGUGACCCGUGGAGGGGUUAUCUUGCGGUUGAUAUUAAAUUAAAACUAAAUAAAUUGGCCGUCAGAAUCGUCCAAUGUCAGUAUACAACAAAUCACGGUAGUGAGCUUUAGUGUCGCCAUAUUUGAUAUAAACGAGAGAGCUCUCCGAGAUGAGGCUUCUUGUGCUCGCGGCCUCAUUAUGGGCUUUUGCAUUAGCGAAGCCUGAAAUGUAUAAGGAAACUGAAGAUUUUCAGUAUUCGAGAAGUUCGACUGAUGAAGGAAGCAAAUCAGGAUUCUACGGUGCCCAGAGAGGGAAUAUGGGAGGGAAUUACGAGAAAGCUCAUAAUAUGGAUUCAUUGGCGCAACAUCACAUGAGUACUCUAGUUCGACAAGUGGACGGAGAGCUGGGAGAAGGCGCCAACACGAGGACCGGCAGCGUCUACACAGCUGGAAAGUCUAGAGGUAUUUUCGGGUCAGGAAAUUACGAUCUGACCAAUCUCAAAGGCAGAAACUUCGGCGAGAGCGGCAUUUACGGAGAUUCACUUUCACAGUCCAUGUACCAGAACGGGUACCAUGGCGCCUAUGGCUCAAGUAACGCAAGGUACGGUAGCGAACAGGCGCACAGUUCGAGCUCAAAACAAAGUGGAUACACCGCGUCGAACGUAGCAUCACAAUAUUCUGCAAUUGAUGCAAGUGAUGUUGAGAGCGCCAAUAAAUAUCACGGCGUCAGUAGUUACGACUAUGGUAACCGUGGCGCAAGUGAUUUAAGGUAUCAUUCGCUAGUCAAUAGCCAGGCGAGAAACGAAUACGAUCAAAGUAAUGCGAAUUUGUACAGCGCUUAUGACUUGAACAAUCAGAAUAGACUUAUAGCCACACCUGUUAAAGUUUACGUAAGACCUGGGGGACGUGUGGCUGUACCGAUAUCGGCCCAAACAUACGCUUUACACAGUGCUUCUUUGCAAGAUAAAAAUGUUGCUGUUACCUCUUCGAAUUCCGCAAGUGACGUUCUGAGUAACACUGAGACGGAUUUAGCCUACAAACCAACAAGUAGCGCAAAACAUUACGAAUCAGCUUACAGUUACCGCAAAAAAUGGGAAAAACAUGACACACAACCACUGGCCGUGAUACCCACGGAAAAUCCUUUUCCAGCAAACAGUGAGCUCUAUGAGGAUAGAUUAGACCAGACAGGACAACAAUAUCAAAGUGGAUUAGAUUCUUCUCGCAGUCAUCUCAGCAAUGUCAAUAGCGGAUAUUCCUCGAAUAGAAAUUAUGAAACCGAAGCAUCUAGUCAAGCUCAAUUAAACAAAGCCAGCAGGGCAUAUUCUAGUGGCUUUUCUUCUAAUACAAAAUCAGCUUCAGCCCACCAAGCAAGAUAUCAAACUCAGGCUCUAAACAAGGACGCCAGUGUUAUUUCAAACGCACACUCUGUAGAUGGACACAGUUUAGGGGAAUCCACGUCGAAUUUGAACAGUCUAGUUGAAGAUAUAAGCUCUAAACCUAAAAGUUAUCACUCCUCAUACUCAUACCACAAAGCUUGGGAAAGGCGGGGAGAUCCAUAUGUGAUAAUUCCUGCUGGUGACGCCGGCGCUCAAACAUCUCAAAGAUUAACAGCUGCAUCCAAAAACCUGGACCAAUACUCUUCUAAUCAAUAUGAUCAAAAAAGUUACUCCGACGCUUGUGAUAUUAUAUGCCAUCAACGUAAAAAGCGUUCAUACAACAUGAAACAAUUCGAACAAGAUGCGGAUGACAGCCAGGCAUAUUUAGGACAACAGUUAGAAAAUGGUUGGGAUUUAGGUCAACAAGCUGAAAACAAAUUUGAACAUUUGGAAGAUUUGGGCCAAGGCCAAGAAGCGCAAAACACAUGGGAUAAUUUGGAAAAUUUAGGUCAACAAGAGCAAAAUAAAUGGAACGAUUUACAACCUUUAGGCCAAGAGGUACAGAAUAAAUGGGAAAAAUUAGAAGAUCUAGGGCAACAGACCCAACAGAAUUGGGACAGUCUUACUGAUUUAGGUCAAAAAACUCAAGAUGACUUUGGUCAGCAAACGGAAAACGAAAAAGCAAAACUUGAAGACUUUGGCCAACAAACUCAGAGCGAGAAACUAGAAGAUAUGGGUCAACAGGCACAAAAUCAGUGGGGCAAACUAGAAGAACUGGGUCAACAGACACAAAGUGAAUGGAAAGAUUUGGGUCAGCAGACACAAAAUCAGUGGGGCAAACUAGAAGAACUGGGUCAACAGACACAAAAUCAAUGGAAAGAUUUUGGUCAACAGGUUCACAGUCAGUGGGAAGAUAUGGGUCAACAAACUCAAAAACAAUGGAAAGAUUUUGGCGAACAGACUCAGAAACAAUGGAAAGAUUACGAUCAAAAGAAUAAAAAUCAAUGGGAUAAACUUGAAGCACUAGGACACCAAACAGAAAAUCGAGGAUUUCUAGAAGAUAAUUUUAAAAACGAAACUGGGGAUAGUAGUACUAGUCAGCACGAUAAGACACCAUCAAUAGUUUCCAAGGAGACAGAAAUUAAACCAAAAGCCAAUGAUCAUAAGUUCCUAUGGGAUGAAAUAAGUCAAAUGUUUGAUGAGCCAUCAAAAACUGAAACAAUUGCCACUAAUGACAAUGGUAAAGAAAAUGAACAGUCUUCAUUAGUGAAGCCAAGCAAUGAGAAACAAAAACCAGUAUCAUCUGAAACAUCAUUGAAUACAUUUGACCAAGACAAACACGAAACUCCAACAAAUCCUUUUGGAUUGGGCUAUCACAGUACUAGUUUAGAUAAUAAGCAAACAGAAAAUAUAAUUGAAGCCAAUCAAAGGCUACUGGAUGCUCUUAAAGGGAUUUCCAACACACAAAACCAAGGUUUUGAUGUAGGAAAACAAAAUAAAGAACCUUGGAGUGACUUGGGUCAACAGACACAAAAUGUGUGGAGUAACUUGGGUCAACAGACUCAAAAUGUAUGGAGUGACUUGGGACAACAAACUGAGCAGAAGUGGAGUGAUUUGGGCCAACAAACUCAACAUGAAUUUAGUGAUUUGGGUCAACAAACUCAAAAUGAAUGGAGUGACUUGGGACAACAAACUGCACACCAGUGGAGUGACUUGGGCCAACAAACUCAACAUGAAUUUAGUGAUUUGGGCCAACAAACUCAAAAUGUAUGGAGUAACUUGGGUCAACUGACUCAAAAUGAAUUGAGCGACUUGGGACACCAAACUGCGCAGAAGUGGAGUGACUUGAGUCAACAAACACAAGAUGAGUUUAGUAACUUGGGUCAACAAACUCAACAUGAAUGGAGUGACUUGGGACAACAAACACAAUAUGACUGGAACAACUUAGGGCAACAAACUCAACAUGAGUUCAGCAGUUUUGGCCAAGAAAAUCAUAAUAAAUUGAAUUAUUUCAAUCAGCAAAAUCUCAAUGAUUGGAGCACUUUAAAUCAUCAAUAUCAUCAUCAGUGGACUGGUUCAGGUCAACAGAUUCAUAAACAGUGGAGUUAUCUGGACAACAUAGGGUCCCAAACCCCAUUCAAUGUACAUCAGCAACAAAAUAUUGGUGGAGAUAAAACAGGUACUAUAGAAGAGAGCACUAAAGCGGCAGUAACUAAGAAAACUAUGGAACAAUAUGAUCAUGAACAGGAUAAACAAAAAACAGAACACAAUGUUAUCAGUGAGGAUACGAUAAACAUUCACAGCGUGGAAUCCUUACAGCAAAAUGAAUCAACCACAAAAAUCACUCAAGUACAAGAUAAAUUAACUUCAACAACUCAAAAACCAAUCAUAACAACUAGCAAAAAAGAUAUUGGCCGUGGAGAUAUUGGUGCGGAUGAAGAUUUUAGUAAUGUGGAAACAUUUGAUAUGGUCUCUCUAUCUAGUAGCACAAGGAAACCGGAGAAAAGUGAGGAUAAGAGUCCAGAUAGUCAAAAGUUUGAUGUAGUUCCUAUCUAUCCUGAAGAAACAGAGAAAGAGAGCCUUCAUCAGGAAAGUCAAAGUAGCUUGACUUCCAAAUCAUUAGAAGAUCAAUUCACAGAACAACAACAGAGUGCUGCUACAUCAUUUGAAGACCAGUUCACAGACCAACAACAAAGCGAAUUUGAACAACAAAAUGUAGAUUUACAACAGAACCUUCAAAACUGGGAUACUGGGAUACAUGACACACAGCAGAUUUAUAAAGCCAAUGAUGCUCCCUUAAGCUAUUCAUAUCCUCACCAGGAACAUGGAAGGCAUUUACCUGAUGAACCUCAGGAAGAAGUUAUACAACAACAAAACCUAGAUCAGUUUGUAGAAAAAGAAAACAAACAUGAUAGUGAAAACUUAAAGGCCACUUCAGAAAAAACCAUUCAAGUCGAAACACCUACAGAACCAACAACAGAAAAACCAGGUUUCUGGAGCUCGGUUUUGAACAAAACUAAAAAAGCGAAAGAUACUGUCAGUUCAUGGUUUAGAGGGUAAAUUUAUGGAUGUGUGGUAGAAAAUUAGUAGAAAUUUCCAUGUGGUUAAAUAAAGUAUUAUAUUUACUUUACUUACAUCAGGUAAAGUGUGAUAGUAUUUAAUGAAUGCUUGCUGUUGAACCGAAUCUGAAAAAGACAAAUUAAUUCUCGUUAAAAAUCUGAUCCUACUGUAAAGACCAAAGAAAAACUUAUGUAUGUGAUUAUCUUAUAACAGCAUCAUUAUUAAAGCAGUGAUACUAAAACAAACUCGUAAAUUAUGUUAAUUAUAUAGUUAUAUUAAUUGUGAGUUGUCGCUUGUGAUUGAAUAAAAAUAUUUUAAAUAUUAAA